GAAACACAAGAACUGAUUAAUAGAUGCAAUUUAAUAGAUUGCUUACAGUACAACGAUAUGGAAGGUUUUUUUUUUUUUUAAACCGAUUAUAUCUGCAAAUUAAUGAGCAUUUCAUAGAAAACGUGUAACGCCAUUAACUUUUUUCGACAUUGGUGUCAACCUAACUGAUCCAAUGUUUAGAGGAAUUUACAGAAGCACACAAAAACAUCAAGAUGAUUUUUUACAGGUAAUAGAAAGAGCUACUAAAACUGGGACCCAAAAGUUCAUGAUCACAGCGGGAAAUCUUCAGGACAGCAAAGAUGCACUACAGUUAGCACAAACAAACGAUGCAUUUUAUAGCACAGUAGGCUGCCACCCAACUCGCUGUUCAGAGUUUGAACAGAACGGCUCCAAUCGGUACCUUGAUGACCUAAAAGAACUGGCCAGAGAAAACAGUGGCAAGGUGGUGGCAAUAGGGGAGUGCGGUUUGGAUUUUGACAGACUGGAGUUUUGCCCCAAAGAAAGUCAACUUAUCUACUUUGAAAAGCAGUUUGACUUAGCAGAGGAAACAAAACUGCCUAUGUUUCUCCACUGCAGAAAUUCACAUAAGGAAUUUAUUGAUAUAAUGAAGAGAAAUAGGGACCGAUGUGUUGGUGGGGUGGUGCAUUCGUUUGAUGGUACCAAGGAAGAAGCAGCAGCUAUUAUUGAUUUGGAUCUUUACAUUGGUAUAAAUGGUUGCUCGUUGAAAACUGAAGCAAAUCUUGAAGUAAUGAAGUCCAUUCCAAGUGAACGUUUAAUGAUUGAGACUGAUGCUCCUUGGUGUGGGGUGAAGAAUACUCAUGCUGGUGCAAAACACGUCAAAACUACCUUCCUAACCAAGAAGAAAUGGGAAGCGGGCCAUUGCUUGAAGGACAGGAAUGAACCUUGUCACAUCAUUCAAGUACUGGAAAUCAUGGCAGCAGUUAAAGAGGAAGACCCCUUUGAGCUGGCAAACACAAUGUACAACAACACAAUGAAAGUCUUCUUUCCAGGCAGUUGAUUUGGACUUACCUUUCACCCUGACAUUUGAGUCAAGGUAAUGGCUUCAAAAAACAUUUUGCCGAUCAGGUGGUUCAACUUUAACUUUGACACCAGCACAAAACUCUGUUUUUAGAUAUUGUAGAUAUUGAGAUGCACCCUGUACCAAAAUACAUCCCAAGACUAAAUGUACUGCACAUUUCUUAUUUAUGAGAUGAAUUAAACUAUUAACUCCUGGAGCACUAAAAAAAGGAUGCUUUAAUCUAGCCAUCAACUGUUUCUUUAUGAAUUCAGCAUCCCCACUUUCUAGUAAGGAGACCUUACUGGAAAAUAUUGUUUCAUAUCUGUAAACCUAUUCUGUUAAAAAAGAGAGUCAUGAAGUAAAGGGUUUUGAGGAGGCAGACAAAGAACACCUGUGAUGUCUAAGUGAAAUUUGAUUCGCUGUUCUUAUUGAAAGGCAUGGUUAGCUCAUUUAGAAUUCUGGGGUGUUAUCAGAAACAGGUUCACCGUCUCCCAGGUGUUCCUGGAAGAGCAAUUUGUGCAGAAAACCACCAACAGACAUGCGCAGUUGUUCUACACAGGCCCUCUUAAACAAUGUUGUGCCAUAUUUUUCGUGAGACCCUAAGAUUAGAUUUUUUAUUAAGUUACAAUUCUCAAUAAGACGUCAAUUCUGCAAAAUACAGAAAUUGUUUUGGACCAAAAGUUAAGGAAGUCUGGAAUCUUCAAACAACAUCAAACAAUGUACACGUUAAACCAUGCAUGCUUGAAGUUGUAAAUGUUUCAUGUAAAAAAAAAAAAAGACCACUCAGUAAAAUUGUGUAGAUUCAUGGAUGUCAAGUCUCAAGCUUUACCCAUAAACACACGGUUUUUCAUAAUUUUGAGUUAAUUUUCAAUGGAUUCUCAAGUUUGUUAUUGUUUGCGAGGCUGCAAAACCCUUUACAUGAUACAGCAGUAAUCAAAUACAACUGUCCAAGCGUAUUAUUUCAUUUUGGCGGGAGGGGGUUCACCAUGAAGAGGUCAUCAUUCUAUAUUUUGUAGCUGCUAAGCAAACUCCUCUCAUUUUAUUUAGUAAUCGGCAAUUACUUUUAUUAUUUUCCCCUCAAUUUGGCAUGUCCAAUUAUAUAUAGGCUCAGCUCAUCGCUACCAUCCCCAGAGCAACAGCAUCGGAAGACAGCGCGGCUCUGGGCAGCUUACUGGCAAGCCCGCAGGCGCCCGGUCAGACUGCAGGUGUCGCUGGUGCGCGGUGAGCCAAGGACACCCUGGCUGAACUAAGUCCUCCCCCAGCAAUAUGCACCAACCACUGUGUUCGUGCCACUUGUUGCCAAGUUUUAAGUGAUGCUGGAGUUGAAGACAGUCGCAUUAUUUCAGUUUCUGGACACAAGCUCAAACUCAGUCUUAAGCAGUACACGACAAACACGGAUGAUGCAAAAAUAGGAAAUAAAUACAUUUCUUCCCAAGUCCCCACCGGUUGCAACAGCAAUGCCUAGUAAUACUUUUCUUAAACCAAAUCAGAGCAACUGUUUCAACUCUUCAGUUACUAACGACGCUUCAGGACACUUACAUGCUAGUAGUGCAAGCUUUGCACCACUAGCCUGAAAAAACAGCACAGAUCGUCUACUGUAGGUCAGUUACGGUCGAUCCUGGACCAAACCAUUAUUAAAUGGGGAGAAGGGAGGUUGAAUGUUAUAUUUAAUGAAAGUAAAAGUUAUUUUCACUGUAAAAAUAUGUGUGUCUAAUCCUAAAAGAUUGUGAUUUAUAAUAAGUUAAUACAUCGUGUGGAGGGUCUCUCAUUGUAUUCUUGUGCAUGCUUCACUUCGUGGUCCUCUUGCCUAAACUGCGCAAGAUGACAUCUCUUAUACAAGAGACACCCAACACAUGACGUAUUAACGUAUUAUAAAUCACACACACAAGGAUUAGCCUUGUUGUCUCAAACUGUCAGUUUGUCUCCACAAGCCUUCUGUGUUUCUGUACACCACGUCAUUGCUUGGAGAGAGCCGAGACUGGCUUUUGAGAGCGGGAAAUGGAGCCACCUAACAGUAAGAUGCUGAAGAUGUAUUCUUCAAGAUUUUUACCACAAUGGACGACACAGUUUGACUGUAUGUAUUUAUGGGGGGGGGGGGGGGGGGGGUGGUAUGCUUACUGUAACAUUUGUGUCUGUUACAGUAAGGUGGCGGCAUCAGGUGUGUAUGAUCUGAUAAUGUACUUCAGAACAAAAUUGCACUGUGACAACCUUAAGCAGAAACAGACGAAUAAGUUGAUAAUGUCAUACAUUCACCAGAAACCAGCAUCAACAACCGAACCGGGCACGAAGGCAGAGAUUUUGUUUUGUCAGUUUGUUGCGGAGCACAACCUGCCAGCAGCUGUCUUUGAUCAUUUUACUGAUCUUGUAGCCAAAAUGUUCCAUGACAUUAAAAUUGCACAGCAGUUCAAGUGCAGGAGAACUAAACUGAGACAAAUCUUUAAAAAGAGUAUCGCCCCAGAGCUGACAACACCAGUUAUUGAGAGGUGCAAAAGCAGUCCAUAACUCAGUUACGAUUGAUUAAUCAAAUGACCGUAAAGGUUUGAUUACACUGUGAUUGGUAAGGGAAAGCGGUAAACCAUGCAGCAAAAAAAAAAAAAGUAUUGUAAUGUAUAGAAUGUAAGCAGCACAGUGUAAAUUUCCAUCUAGACCAAUCAACUGAAGUGUUGUUGUGUGACGUUAUCUGCACUAUGUACAUUGAGAGAUGGUGAAAAAUACCUAACUGUCCUAUGUCAGUAAUGACAGGCUUCUUGCAGUAUUUCAUGGAGUUUUUUUUUUUUUUUUUUUUUUUUUUUUAAUGUUUUUAAAUUGUGGUGAGAACUCUUCGCCAUGCCAGGUAAACAGUUCAGUCAUGCAAUGCACACUGUCUUUAUAGGGUGCAGAAUAACAUUGUUUGGCUUAGACGUGUUUA